GUUUUUAUUCCAUCUCGUAGUCAAGUGGAGAGUUACACCUUACAACCAGUAAGAAAACAAAAGAGUUUGAGGCGUAAAAUUUUAUUAGAUUUAUGGAUGGAUGGAAAAUAUAUCUUGAAUCCGUUUCGAAACAUUAGAUACAUUUAAGCGUUUUAGAACUUGAUAAUAAAGCUUGGCAUCAACACCAUUAGUUGUACUUAUUGUUGUGUUUACUGAAUCAACUGUGUUGUAUCGCUUGCUGGAAGUUGCAUCAGAUUAUUGGCCCUAGUUAAGAGGAGCAUGUUUUUUGGGUAUAUACUGAAUUACGAAAUCAUAAAGAACGUACUUGGUGACUUAGUGUAUACUUAUACAAAAUAUAAUCAACUACUAUUAUAAUUAGAAGGAACGAAGAGAAUUAAAUUGAGAGAAAGGGUCAAGCCACUCGGUUCUUUAAACUUCAGAAUAUUUGAAAAAAAUCAUGUCGCUGCAUGUGGUAAGAAGGUACGUCGAAAUCAAUACCUGCCCAUUAGUCGAUUUUCUAUUCUCUGUUUCUUUUUUUUGGUAGCCUUAGAGUGGUUCAAGACUUUUUGUUAUUAAAAACUUAAAUAUUAAAAGAAUUUAUCUAAUGAAUUUACCAAUUUAUACGGGACCUAUUCCAAAGCUAUAAAAAAAGAAGAAGAUAAUAUUGGCCUAAUUAAUUAAGAAUUCGGGAAAUUGAAAAGGAGAAAGAAUGGUGAAUGUUCAAAAAAAAGAAAGAAGCUUUGGUGUAAAAGGAGAUGAUGAACCAAGCUCGCCUUGUAAUGAUAACUACAUAUCCAGGGGCGGACGUAUGUGAUAGUCUAUGGGGUCACGUGCCCCCGUCUACUUUUUCAAAAAAAAAAAUUAUGUGUAGUUAGUUAUGUAUAAUUAUUAGUGAACACAUAAGGUAACGUAGCCCGACAAAUUCUUCUCGUGAAAUCAUUACUCAAAAACACAUAAUUGUAGCCCAAAAUUAAAAUAUAAAGCCCAAUUUAAGAAACCCAUUCAAAAUUAAAAAAAAUUAAUGAAAGAAGUGGAUGGUGAAAAGUUGACCUAGUGCAAUACAUCUUCAUCUUUCGUUUUGUUUUCUUCCUUUUAUUUUUUCCAAUUAAAGUUUUCUGCUUCCAAUCACAAAAACCUCUAAAUCAGACGAACAAAAAAGUAACGCAGGUAGAAAGCUUCUAUAUUAAAUUAUUGUUGCUUCUUAAAUAAGAACUAUUACUUUUUGUCUAAUUUUAAAUUACGAAUUUGCAAUAGUUACGAACUUGCGAUUUAACUAUUUGAUUAUAUGCUAGACUUUUUUUCUUCCAAAUUGAUAAAAACUUGAUAACUAUAGGAUUAUUGUUUUGUGUUAGCAAAACGUGAGGAAUGUUUUGUGUUAGCAAAACGUGAGUACUUGGUUAAUAAAAAAUCAUGAAAAUUUAGAAACUAUAGAAUUGUUGUUUGAGGAAUGUUUUUUUUUUCUUUUGCAGUUAAGUUUUCAAUGGAAAAAUAUUUCAAACCCAAAAAAAAGUUUGAGUCUUUAGCUAUGUCUGAAGAUGAAUUGGAGAAAUUACCUUAUGAUCCCGGAGAAAGAAAAAGAAUAUCAGAAUAUCCUUUAAAUCAAAGAGAUGAGGUAAUACGCAAAUAUCUUAUUAGAGGUCCUUGUCAACCACGUGGUCAUGAAUUUCCUAAAACAUUGUUUACAAAUAAAUUGAGACGAUUCAAUCCAUCUUGGUUUGAUCUCUAUGGUGAUUGGUUGGAAUAUAGUGUGAAGAAGGACAAAGCAUAUUGUUUGUUCUGCUACUUGUUUAGAGAUUACACUGAAAAUAAAGGUGGAAGUGAUGCAUUUGUGAUUACUGGCUUUGAUGACUGGAACAAGACUGAGAGAUUACAAGAUCAUGUUGGAGCAGUGAACAGUUUUCACAAUAGUGCAUUGAAAAGAGCUGAUUAUUUUAUGAGACCAGGGCAGUCAAUUGUUCAUGCUUUUUAUAAGCAAGAUGAUGCGGCUAAAAAUGAAUACAUGAUCAGAUUGAAUGCUUCAAUUGGUGCUUGUAGGUUUUUGUUACAACAAGGACUACCAUUUCGAGGUCAUGAUGAGUCAGUAGAUUCAGUCAACAAGGGAAAUUUUUUGGCCCUUUUGAAAUACACUGCAGAGCAAAAUGAACUUGUGAGUAAAGUUGUUUUAGAGAAUGCUCCAAAAAACAAUCAGAUGGUGUCCCACAAAAUUCAGACAGAUAUAGUUCAUUGUUUUACAGAAGAAGUUAUUGAAUCUGUCAUUCAAGAAGUUGGUCAUGAUAUAUUUUGCUUGUUGGUGGAUGAGUCUGCAGAUGUUUCUGAUAAAGAACAAAUGGCAGUGGUUUUUCGCUUUGUUGAUAAUCAUGGGAUGGUUAAAGAAAGGUUCAUUGGUCUAGUUCAUGUGAAAGAGACAUCUUCUUUAUCUCUAAAGUGUGUUGUUGAUUCAUUGUUUGCUAAAUAUGGACUGAGUAUGAAAAAGCUAAGAGGACAAGGUUAUGAUGGAGCGAGUAAUAUGAAGGGUGAAUUCAACGGAUUGAGAUCUUUAAUUAUGAGAGAAUGCAGUUCUGCGUAUUAUGUCCAUUGUUUUGCUCAUCAACUCCAGUUAGUUGUCGUGGCAGUUGCUCAAAAGCAUUUUGGGGUUGUGGAUUUCUUUGAUAAGCUUGCUGUCUUGUUAAAUGUUGUUGGGGCUUCUUGUAAGAGAAAAGAUAUGGUGCGAGAAGAUCAUCUGAAAAGAAUAGAGGAAAGAACUAAGAAAGGUGAAAUGAAGACAGGAAAGGGAUUAAACCAAGAGGUUUCAUUUCAAAGACCCGGUAAAACUCGUUGGGGUUCUCAUUACAAAACAUUACUGCGGUUGGUUGAUUUGUUUCCUUCUAUCAUUACAGUACUUGAGUAUGUCGAAAAAGAUGGGAGUGAUGCUAUCAAAAGACGACAAGCUAAUGGUCUUCUCAAUUACUUCUACACCUUUGAAUAUGUGUUCUACUUGCAGUUAAUGUUGCUUAUUCUUGGGAUCACAAAUAGUUUAUCAAAGGCUCUUCAAAGGAAAGACUUGGAUAUUCUGAAUGCUAUGUCGCUUGUGAAAUCCACCAAGCAACAAUUGAAUAAGCUCAGGGAAAAUGGAUGGAAAUCUCUGAUCAACAAAGUUUUUUCCUUCUGUAAAACUUACAAGACUGAGUUGCUGGUUAUGGAUGAUGAGUUUAACUCGAAGAGUUCAAGAAAAAGAAGCAUUAUAACCAACUUGCAUCAUUACAAGGUACAAUGCUUUUACACUGUAUUGGAUAUGCAAAUUCAGGAGUUUAAUGACCGCUUUGAUGAGGUAAACACUGAAUUACUUGGUUGCAUUGCUUCUUUGAGCCCUAAUGAUUCAUUUCGUGAGUUUGAUCACUUGAAAGUUAUGAGGUUGUCUGAGUUUUAUCCUGAGGGUUUUAGUCAUAUGGAACAGAUGACUCUUGAACAUCAACUUGGUCUCUAUAUUGAUAACAUUCGCGAAGAUGAAAGAUUUGCUAAUUUGAAGAAUCUUGGAGAUCUUGCAUGUAUGAUGGUAGAGACAAAGAAACACCUUUCACAUCCUUUGGUGUAUCGGCUUUUAAAGCUAGUUUUGACUUUGCCUGUCGCCACUGCUACAGUUGAAAUAUGUUUUUCUGCGAUGAAGAUUGUGAAGACUAGCUUGAGGAAUCGGAUAAGUGAUCAGUUUUUAAAUGAUUGUGUUAUUUGUUUUGUUGAGAAAGAACUAUUUGAGAAAGUAACAAACGAUGCUGUGAUAAAAAGAUUCCAGAAAAUUGAAUCGCGUAGGAUUAAUUUGUAAGGUGAUUUUUUGAAGAAUUUUAUUUAAAUGAAUUUAGUUAUAAAUGAUAUUGUGCCCCGGUAAAAAAUGGUUCUGGAUCCGCCCCUCUACAUAUCAGAUAAUAAUAUCUUUCGACAAUGUCAAAUGUCAGCAUCAAUUACUAAAAGCCAGUAAGAUGAUAUGGGUUCAUGAUGAAAACACUUUCACAAGUUGAAAACAUAUGUUUAUAUAUUAAUGGAUACGAACAUUAAGGCAGCUAAUAUGACUCCAAUGGAUAGGAACAUUUGGACGAUUGUGAUUCUGAUAUGAAUCGGGAAGAUCGACAGCAAACCCUACAAAUAUACAAGCCUUCUUAUUGAAAGGUCCCCCUAUUCCACUUGUGAGGGUUUACGGUCUAUACUCUAUAUAAUGUCCCCACAGGCCACAACGGACCAUCAUAUUUAAUUAAAUACACCCAUGUAUGUAAGUGGCUUCUCAUUCUAUCACAUGCAACACAUAGGUUAUUAACAGCACUGUUGUAAUAAAAUAAUAGUCAUUUCAUUGCAUAAUAGCUACGCAUUAGCUAUUCGAUCCAUAUGUAUAUUAUACUCCCUCUCUAUGUAUGUGUUUUGUAUGUUUCUCUAUACAUGUAGGAUGUAGCUGGGUUUAAAAGGGUAAGUGUUGGUUUUGAUGUAUCUGUAUGUUUUAGUUUUUAGCCCCGGGUUUCAUGUAUGUUAAAAAUGUUUACAUAGGCUUCUUAGUAUUUAUAGUGUUUACUAGGUGUUUUCCUGCACCAUGUGCAGUAAAUUUUUUUUUAAAAUAUAACUUAUAUUUAAACAUAAAAUUUAUUAAAUAUUAUAGAU